AUGAAAUUCCAUCCGAUGUUUUCGCCAGGCUCGCUUGUGCUCACAAAGAUCAAAGGGUUCCCCGAGUGGCCCUCGCGGGUUAUUGACUACGAGCAGUUGCCCGAGAAGAUUCAGAAGAUACGUCCGGCCUCGGCGGCCGGCAGAAGGCGUCGGCGCGGCGACUCCGACACGCGGUCCGUGUGUGUCAAGUUCUACGGGGACGACGAGUACUUCUGGUGUUCUGAGAAGGAUUUAAAGCCGCUGGACGACGACGCGGUGACCAGCUAUCUUGUCAAGAAGGGCGAAUUGCCCGAUGUGGACGGCAACUUCCGUGUUAAGCGCGCGUCAAAAGUGAGCAGUCUGACCAACGCGUAUCUGUGUGCCAACAACAAGGACGUCUCUGCAGAGGACUUUGCGCUGUACGGCAGCUACGGCAAGGUUGGGGAGGACGACGAGGACUACGAGGAGGACGAGGACGAGUACGAAGAGGAGGAGGACGACGAGGAGGAAGAAGAAGACGAAGAUGAAGAAGGCGAAGAGAGCGACGACGAGAGCGACGAGGAGGAGGCCAGUUACGGCAAGUCUGGUCGCAAACGGUCGAACGGGACGGCGCAGUCGCGGAAAAGACGCAAAGUUGAUGAAAGCGACGACGAGAGCGACGACGAGUCAGGAGAUAGUGACUGGGGGCUGGAUUCCGGCGUUGAGGACGCCGGACUGGAUAUCGAGCCGGUCAAGGCGCACGAUCUGGUGGAGGACGUGAAGAAAAGCACCAAGUUCCUAAGCGAUAUCCGUGUGCAGAUCCAAAAAGUGGCUUUUCCUGCAGACGGCGAGGUUGACUACUCGUCUGCCAACAAGCAGCUGGAGCCGGCCGUGAACAAGCUGGCGGGCCAGAAGACCGUUUCGCGGGCUGUGCUGAAGUCCACCAACAUCGCCAAGGUGCUUGUUCUGAUUCUCAAGAAACCGGAGUUCGCCAAGCUUAAGGUGGCCCGGAAAAUAGCCACCAUAUUGAAGAACUGGCUGGACCUCAAGGUUGCGCCGGACGAGCACUGGGCAGACGACUACGAGAGCGAGCCGGAGGAAGAACAGGAGCCAGAGGAACACAAACAGGAAUCCGUCCCGCCAGAGGUCAAGCCCGAACCCGUGAACGGGUCCUGA